GACCAUUGUUUAGUGACCAUCGAUUGAUUCUAAAUAUUUCAUUUCUCCGGUUUUCUCUUUUCUUCUCUCUUUCCUUUUUUCUCUUUCUCUAUUAAGUCUAUCUCUUUUCUCUUUCUUUCCACUCGGUGUAUCUCUUUCUUUUUCUCUCUUUUUUUUCUAUUUUUUUUUCUCUAUCAAUUUGUACCAUUUAUAUUACAAUUAUUCAUCUUAUUUGUUAUAUGUAAUUUUUUCUUUUCUUUUUGCGUUAUUAUUCGUCGAGAUUAUUGUGACUGUUUUUCGGCCAUUUUUUUCUAAAGUGGAUUCUAUUCUUUUGUUUUGUUCUUUUCCGCUUUUGGUUGAAUAACACAUCAUGUCUACGUCAGAAUUGGAUAAACAGAUUGAACAACUUAGACGAUGUGAGACUAUCAAAGAGUCCGAGGUUAAGGCUUUGUGUGCUAAGGCUCGAGAAAUACUUGUGGAAGAAUCAAAUGUUCAAAGGGUUGAUGCUCCUGUCACAGUAUGUGGAGAUAUUCAUGGCCAAUUCUAUGAUCUUAUGGAACUUUUUAAACAAGGUGGAAAUGUACCUGACACUAACUACUUGUUUAUGGGUGAUUUUGUUGACAGAGGUUUCUACUCGGUGGAAACAUUUCUACUCCUUUUAGCAUUGAAAGUCAGAUAUCCAGAUAGAAUUACUUUGAUUAGAGGAAAUCAUGAAAGUCGUCAAAUCACACAAGUAUAUGGUUUUUACGAUGAAUGCCUUAGAAAAUAUGGUUCUAUAACAGUGUGGCGAUAUUGUACCGAAAUCUUUGAUUAUUUAAGCUUAUCCGCAAUCAUAGAUGGAAAGAUAUUUUGUGUGCACGGAGGCCUUUCACCUUCUAUUCAAACAUUAGACCAAAUAAGAUUAAUCGAUAGAAAACAAGAAGUUCCUCAUGACGGUCCAAUGUGUGAUCUCCUCUGGUCUGAUCCAGAAGAUACCCAAGGGUGGGGAGUUAGUCCUAGAGGAGCGGGUUAUCUUUUCGGAAGUGAUGUAGUCGCUCAGUUUAAUGCUAAAAAUAAUAUAGAUAUUAUUUGUAGAGCUCAUCAAUUGGUAAUGGAAGGUUAUAAAUGGCAUUUUAAUGAAACAGUAUUGACAGUCUGGUCAGCUCCAAAUUACUGUUAUCGAUGUGGUAAUGUAGCAGCCAUACUAGAAUUGGAUGAUAAUUUGCAAAGAGAUUUCACUAUAUUUGAAGCUGCUCCUCAGGAGACAAGAGGAGUUCCCUGUAAAAAGCCUCAACCAGAUUACUUUUUAUGAGACAUGAAACAUAUGAAUACCACUGAACCCGAGUGAUUGUCGUUUUCUAUUACAUCUUUCGCAUCCUCCUUUACCUCACUCGAUCAUUAUAAGUCACCAUCAUUAUGCAUCAACAUAAUUACCAUCAUCACCAAAGAGUUAGGGCAUUCCUUACUCUUUAAUCAUCACCUUUGCGACCUUCAAUCGAGUGGAAUUAAUUUUCUACUGUGUUAAAAGUUGCUUCUUUUUCCCCUUCCUCUUUUUCCUAAUUCGUCUCUUCAUCUUACAGAAAAGUCGGAUCACUUCAUCAAGUAUAACAUAUACAAUUAAUCGGACAACAAAUUCUUUUUUUCUGCUUUAAAUACCUUUUUCUUUCUACUCACAUUCACUUUUCUCAUUUCUCUUCUGACCUUUCUCUCUCUCUCUCUCUUUCACUGUCACAAACACUCUCUCUCUCUCUUUCUCUCUAUUUCUUUCAAUGCUCUUCUCAUUCAUUUUUACCAUUGAAAAACUAUUACAGAGGAAAAAUACGAGUUCACCUCACCCCUUUGCUAUGUGAUCUUGUUUUUUUACUCAUUAAAUGAUCAUAAUCAAUUUUAUGUACAAAGGUAAAA